CCAAAAGGAGCGGCGGCGCUCAGCCCACCUCUCUCUCUCUCUUUCCUCUCGUCUGUCCCCUGAAUCCACAAAACCGGAGCUCCCUCGUCUCGAAAGAUCCGUUCCCUUCGACACCUACUCUGUUCUCAGUCUUCGAUGAUCGCCCGCCGAUCCCUUUUCCUCUGUCCUUGCUGUUGGCUUGAGCUCCGUUGAUAUAUAUCACCUCGAGUCUUCGGCCAGAAAGAGGGCAGGGUCGAGGGGAGUGGUACACAAAAAGAGAGAUGGGGAGGUCUCAGCGGCAGCUGAGGGCCGUGCUCCGCAAGAACUGGCUUCUCAAAAUCCGCCACCCUUUCGCCACCUGUGCUGAGAUUCUGCUGCCAACGAUUGUGAUGUUGAUGCUCAUCGGAAUAAGGUCUAGAGCUGACACGCAAAUUCACCCCGUGCAAGCGUAUAUUAGAAAGGGCAUGCUUGUUGAGGUGGGAAAAAGUGAGAUCUCUCCAAGUUUUGACAGUAUUUUGAAGUUGUUGUUCGUGAACGGUGAACAUCUCGCUUUUGCACCUGACACCGACAAAACAAGGUUGAUGCUGGACGUGCUCUCUUCGAAGUUUCCGCUCCUAAAGAUGGUUGGCAGACUUUACAAGAAUGAAGCUGACCUGGAAAAUUACAUAAGGUCAGAACUGUACGGUGUCAAUGAUCAAGUGAGGAACCUAUCAAAUCCCAAGAUCAAAGGAGCAGUAGUUUUUCACGCACAAGGUCCUCAAACAUUUGACUAUAGCAUACGUCUUAAUCACACAUGGGCUUUCUCAGGUUUUCCUAAUGUUAAAACCAUCAUGGAUGUAAACGGACCAUAUCUCAACGACCUCGAGCUUGGUGUUAACAUUGUACCAAUUCUUCAAUAUGGAUUCAGUGGAUUUCUGACCUUGCAGCAGGUGAUGGAUUCAUUGAUAAUUCUUCUUGCACAACUAAAUGGAACUAAUGUUAUGUCUGAGAGUAUAAAUGUAACAGAAACAUUAUCACCUUUUAUUGGACCUCGCUCUCAUGUGAACUUCAGAUGGACGGAGUUUAUUCCAGAAAAUAUCAGAAUUGUACCAUUUCCAACUCGAGAAUAUACAGAUGAUGAGUUCCAGUCAAUUGUGAAGAUUGUCAUGGGAUUAUUGUAUCUUUUGGGAUUUCUGUAUCCAAUUUCUCGUUUAAUCAGCUACUUUGUGUUUGAGAAGGAACAGAAAAUUAAAGAAGGUCUGUACAUGAUGGGACUUGAAGAUAAAAUAUUUUACCUUUCUUGGUUUAUUACAUAUUCAGUACAGUUUGCAGUUUCAUCAGCAAUUAUAACAGCUUGUACAAUGGGAAGCAUUUUCAGAUACAGUGACAAAUCAGUGGUGUUUGCAUACUUCUUCCUGUUUGGUUUAAGUGCAGUCAUGCUUUCUUUUUUUAUCUCUGCAUUCUUUUCACGUGCAAAGACAGCUGUAGCAGUUGGAACUCUUUCUUUUCUGGGUGCCUACGUUCCUUAUUACACUGUCAAUGACCCUGCUGUCCCUUUGGUAUGGAAGAUGAUGGCUUCUUUGCUCUCCCCUACUGCUUUUGCACUUGGGACAGUGAAUUUUGCUGAUUAUGAGCGUGCUCAUGUUGGUCUUCGCUGGACCAAUGUUUGGCAGGCAUCAUCUGGAGUUAAUUUUUUGGUGUGCCUCCUGAUGAUGGUGCUUGAUAUGUUUCUGUAUUGUUCCCUCGGGCUAUACUUCGAUAAGAUUCUUUCUAGAGAGGAUGGAGUUUGGCAUACUUGGAACUUUUUGGUUACUACGAUACUUUGGAUAAGGGAUAAAACUUUUGCCAAUAAUACUGGAAGAUUGGACGACAAACAACAUAAUGAAGUACCAGGAAUAGAGAAAAGAUGGACCGGUCAAGUUGUUUGUGAACCUGCUAUAGAAGCAAUAAGCUUGGAUAUGAAGCAACAAGAACUUGAUGGCCGUUGCAUCCAGGUGAGAAAUCUGCAUAAGGUCUAUAUGACAAGGGAGGGAAAACAUUGUGCAGUUAAUUCACUUGAAGUCACUCUUUAUGAAAAUCAGAUACUUGCUCUUUUAGGGCAUAAUGGUGCUGGUAAAAGCACAACCAUAUCUAUGCUGGCUGGUCUUCUUCCUCCUACAUCUGGUGAUGCAUUGGUAUUUGGCAAGAAUAUUACAACAAACAUGGAUGAGAUACGGAAAAUGCUGGGUGUAUGCCCUCAAAAUGAUAUACUCUUUCCAGAACUAACGGUGAAGGAACACAUGGAAAUAUUUGCAAUUCUGAAAGGUGUGGAUGAUGAUUUCUUGGAACAAAAUGUGCUUCAGAUGAUUGAUGAAGUUGGUUUGAUGGAUAAAGUUAAUACAAUGGUUGGUGCACUUUCUGGUGGUAUGAAAAGAAAGUUGUCUCUUGGAAUAGCACUUAUUGGAAAUAGCAAGGUUAUUAUCCUUGAUGAACCAACUAGUGGUAUGGAUCCAUAUUCAAUGAGAUCAACAUGGCAGCUAAUAAAGAAGAUCAAGAAAGGGAGAAUAGUAUUAUUGACCACACAUUCCAUGGAUGAAGCUGAUGUUCUGGGUGAUCGGAUAGCUAUCAUGGCUAAUGGUCAUCUUAGAUGCUGUGGAAGUUCCCUUUUCUUAAAGCACAGAUACGGGGUUGGUUAUACACUCACAAUAGUCCAGACUUCUCCUGGUGUCUCUGUAGCUACUGAUAUUGUCCAUCGUCAUGUUCCAACUGCUACAUGCUUGUCAAAUGUAGGUACAGAAAUAUCUUUCAGACUACCUCUUGCAUCAUCUACUUCGUUUGAGAAUAUGUUUCGUGAGAUUGAAAACUACAUUAGAGGACCAAGCAAGUAUCAGGAAAGCUGCUCUAGUUUUUGUCAGGGCAUUGAAAGUUAUGGUAUCUCUGUUACAACUUUGGAGGAGGUUUUCUUGAGAGUAUCAGGAGAUAACUUUCAUGAAGAUGAUGAGAAUGGUUAUUACAUAUCUUGUACUGGAUCUAUGAAUACAAUUAUUGAAGCAUCUACCUAUACACUUACAAAAUCACCAAAUUCUAAAUUUCUAUUUGGAGUUCAUCUCAAGUUUGUCAGAUGGAUAUGUGCUACUCUGGGAAGAAUAUGCACUUCAAUAUUUGAUGCAGCAUGUGGUUUCGUCACAUUAUUUACUCUCAAGUUUUGUAGUUGUGGCUUGAUUCCAAGGUCUAUAUUUUGGCAACAUUCCAAAGCUCUCCUCAUAAAAAGGGCAAUAUAUUGUCGUCGAGAUAGAAGAUCAGUUAUCUUCCAGCUGUUCAUUCCGGCUUUGUUUUUACUAUUUGGUUUGCUUUUUCUAAAAAUUAAGCCACAUCCUGAUCAGUACUCUAUCACCUUAACAACAUCAUAUUUCAAUCCCUUACUAAAUGGUGGUGGUGGUGGAGGACCUAUCCCAUUCAAUCUCUCUCUAUCCAUUGCUGAAAAGGUUGCAUCUCAUGUUCAUGGUGGUUGGAUACAAAAACAGGAGCCAAGGUCCUACAGGUUUCCUGAUUCUGAAAAGAUAUUAGCUGAUGCUAUUGAAGCAGCAGGGCCACAAUUGGGCCCUGCUCUUCUUUCCAUGAGCGAGUACCUAAUUACUAGUUUUAAUGAAUCAUAUCAGUCGAGGUACGGUGCUGUCGUAAUGGACGAUCAGAAAAAUGAUGGUAGUGUCGGAUAUACAGUGCUUCACAACAGUUCUUGUCAACAUGCAGCUCCGACAUAUAUCAAUUUGAUGAAUGCUGCAAUUUUAAAAAUGGCAACUGGUAAUGAACAUUUAAUGAUUCAAACUCGUAAUCACCCUUUGCCAAUGACAAUAUCACAGCGGUCACAACGGCAUGAUUUGGAUGCAUUCUCUGCUUCAAUCAUUGUCAAUAUUGCCUUUUCUUUCAUCCCAGCAUCAUUUGCUGUUACAAUAGUUAAGGAGCGUGAAGUCAAAGCAAAGCACCAGCAGUUAAUUAGCGGGGUUUCUGUAUUAUCUUAUUGGGUUUCAACAUACAUAUGGGACUUCGUCAGCUUCUUGUUCCCGACAUCACUUGCAGUGAUACUAUUUUUUAUGUUCGAUCUGAAUCAGUUUGUUGGAACUGGAUGCUUCUUACCAACUAUAGUCCUCUUUUUGGAAUAUGGAUUAGCAAUUGGUUCAUCAACAUAUUGCCUUACAUUUUUCUUUUCUGAGCACACAAUUGCCCAGAAUGUGGUUUUGCUGAUUCACUUUUUUAGUGGGCUUAUUCUCAUGGUCAUUUCAUUUGUUUUGGGGCUUAUGGAUGCCACUAAAAGUGCAAACUCUCUGCUAAAGAAUUUCUUUAGGUUAUCACCUGGGUUUUGCUUUGCUGAUGGCCUUGCAUCACUUGCUCUUAGACGUCAAGGAAUGAAGCAGGGAUCUGGAAGUAGUACCCUUGACUGGAAUGUGACUGGGGCUUCUAUCUGCUAUUUAGCAUUUGAGAGCAUUAUGUACUUCCUCUUUACAAUUGCACUUGAAAUUCUUCCCUUUCAAAAGCUAAAUUUGAUGGCAAUCAAAGAGUGGUGGCAAAAUGUUCUCACCCUCCAGCAUGACGGAUCCAAUGACCAUUUCCAGCAUCUUCUGGGAUCAUAUGAAGAUUCAUCAUCUUCCAUAGCUAAUGAGGACAUUGAUGUUAAAGCAGAAAGGCAGAGGAUAAAUAGUGGCCUUGUUGAUAAUGCCAUAAUCUACCUGCAUAAUCUGCGGAAGGUCUAUCAUGCCAGGAAAAACCAUGCUAGAAAAGUUGCUGUCCAUUCAUUGACAUUCUCAGUUCAGGAAGGAGAAUGCUUUGGUUUUCUUGGAACAAAUGGUGCAGGGAAGACAACAACAUUAUCAAUGUUAACUGGAGAAGAGAAACCAACAGAUGGAACUGCAUAUAUUUUUGGCAAAGACAUAAGAUUGUAUCCAAAGGCUGCUCGUCGUCAUAUUGGUUACUGCCCACAGUUUGAUGCACUUCUCGAGAAUCUGACAGCUCGUGAGCAUCUUCAACUCUAUGCAAGAUUAAAGGGUGUUCCUGAAAUCAACCUAGAUGAUGUUGUUAAGGAGAAGAUGGUUGAAUUUGAUCUGUGGAAGUAUGCAGAUAAACCAUCAUAUUGUUUAAGUGGAGGAAACAAGAGGAAGUUGUCUGUUGCUAUUGCUAUGAUUGGUGAUCCUCCAAUUGUGAUUCUUGAUGAACCAUCUACUGGCAUGGAUCCUAUUGCAAAACGGUUCAUGUGGGAUGUGAUAUCUCGCUUGUCAACUAGGCAAGGAAAGACUGCUGUUAUCUUAACUACACAUAGCAUGAAUGAAGCUCAAGCCCUCUGUACCCGGAUUGGUGUUAUGGUUGGUGGCCAACUGAAAUGCCUUGGAAGCCCACAGCAUCUGAAAACGCGUUUCGGAAAUUAUCUUGAGCUUGAGUUAAAGCCUUCGGAUGUCAGCUCCAUGGAGAUAGAAAAUCUAUGUAAAAAAAUACAAGAGAAUCUCUUUGACAUCCCAAGUCAUUCAAAAAGUAUAAUUUCGGACCUUGAGAUGUGCAUUCGUGGCACUGGAACAAUAUCCGUACAAAACAUAUCAGAAAUUAGUUUGUCAAGAGAAAUGAUAAAUUUAAUUGGUCGCAUGCUUGGAAAUGAAGAAUCCACCCAGAUGACUGUCUUGCCUGUGCCUUCUAGUGAUGGUUUGUAUGGUGAACAAUUUUCAGAGCAACUAUUUCGAGAUGGUGGUAUACCAUUGAGAAUAUUUUCUGAGUGGUGGUUAGCCAAACAAAAGCUAUUGUUAAUUGAUUCAUUUUUUCUCUCUUCAUUUCCUGGUGCUACAUUUCAUGGAUCCAAUGGCUUGAGCAUUAGAUACCAGUUGCCAUACGGUGAAGGCUCAUCUCUUGCUGACAUAUUUGGACACAUAGAGCACAACAGGGAGGCACUUGGGAUUGAAGAAUACAGUAUCAAUCAAUCCACAUUGGAGACAAUUUUUAAUCAUUUUGCUUCUGCCCAAUAGGAAAAAGAGAUAAAACCAUGGUAUCAAACACAAGCUCGGCAUCACAAGAGUUCUGUGGGUUUGUUUUACCUGUCACUCUCAUAUCAAACCCUUUGCGGUUCUCCAAAUUGUUUCACUCCCCUAGUGAGAAGAAACAAGCCCAGUCAUUCAACAGAUCAAGUUUGAAAUCUUGUUUUUGUACUUGACUCUAUCUAACAGUGUGAUUCAACAGAUCAAGUUUGAAAUCUUGUUUUUGCUAUCGAAGAAUACUACUGUAGAAGGUUCUUAAAAUCAUUUCGCUUCCGCCUGAUAUGAGAAUGAGGACACCUCCACAUCAAGUACAAGCUCAGCUUCCCAAGUUCUUGUGGUUAUGCCGAGGCAUUUGGAUGUCAACAGGCUCAUCAAAUGCGUGCUUGUCUAUGUCUAUUAAACCCUAGCAGUGGGCAGCAUCUCUUCCAUCAUUCUUGGCAUCUUGACUUUUGGUGUUUGGAAGCAACCAAAUCUUUGAAAGGUGAAUGCCUGCCCGCGCUUGUAGUCACAAAGUUAAGCUCGUUGCUCAAGUCACAGUCAAAAGAUAAUUUUAUUCUUAGAUUUGAUUGACGUAAAAGCAUAUGAACUUAAUCUUGAAUCAAGUUUGUUGGCUUGUCCAAGAAGGGGCAAGACCUUUAGCGAGUGAAUCAACAAGGUGCUUUCUCAGAAUCGAACAAAAUUAAUGCAAUUAUGCUUUUUUAUUUUUA